AUGCUCCCCUCACUGGUUAGGAUGGCGCGCACAAGGUCUUACUCGGAGGCCAUUAGGCUGCUCAAUACUUGCCAGUCGAAUGCUGCCACUAUUGAGGCUAUUCGCAAGUCGGGCGGUCGCCUGAACGACUGGGCUGUCAAGGAGAUGGUUGACUACCUUCGCCGUAUUGGCUACCAGCCCGACGACUUGAACCGCCUCAACGUCGUGCACGUCACUGGUACCAAGGGAAAGGGUUCGACUUCGGCCUUCACUGAGCGUAUCCUGCGCUCUCAAAUUGCUGGCGGCAAGAUUGGUCUCUACACCUCCCCCCACUUGUGCGCUGUCCGCGAGCGUAUCCGCGUCAACGGCGAGCCCCUCUCAGAGGAUGAGUUUGCCAAGUUCUUCUUUGAGGUGUGGGAGCGUCUUGAGGCUGACCCCAAGACGCUGACCGACCACACUCCCGUUUUCCCCAUCUAUUUCCGUCUGCUCACACUUCUUGCUUUCCACGCCUUCCUCUCACUGGGCGUGGACGCUACCGUCCUUGAAGUCGGUAUUGGUGGUACCUACGACUCAACCAACCUUGUGCCCAAGCCUAUCGUCGCGGGUAUCUCGGCUCUCGGUCUGGACCACACUGCCGUCUUGGGUAACACCAUCGAGUCAAUCGCCAAGAACAAGGGUGGCAUCUACAAGACUGGGGUUCCCGCUCUCAGUGUGAAGCAGGAGGCUGGUGGCGAGGUUCUUGCUGAGUGUGCUGCCGCUGUCGGCGCUCCCUUCGAGGUCGUCCCUAUGAUCCCCUCUACCCCUCUCGGUCUCCGUGGCGAGCAUCAGCGCAUCAACGCGUCGCUCGCUGUUGCUCUGUCGAGGACAUUCCUCAAGGCCGAGGGCAAGACGCCUGCCGACGUCGACGAUGUCCUCCCCGCUUCCUUUGUCAAGCCGCUCGCCGACACAAAGUGGCCCGGGCGCUGUCAGACCGUGCCUCAGGGUGAGACCACCUGGAUGCUGGACGGAGCGCACACCGUGGAGUCGCUCCAGUCUUGUGGCCAGUGGGCUUGGGAGAAGAACACUGGCGGUGCUCCCAACGUUCUCAUCUUCAACUGCUCUGGUGGCCGUCAGGCCGAGCAGCUCCUCGGCACCCUCCUUGAGGCUGGCGCCCAGACAGCUGGCACCACCCCCGCCGAGCUCGGCAAGACAUUUGACACCGCCAUUUUCUGCACCAAUGUAACCUACACCGACGGCCACUUUAAGGGUGACCUCACUGCUGCCGCCAUUGACCCCGACGACCUUGCCGCCCUCGCCACUCAACGCGCACUCCGUGACGCCUGGCUUGCGCUUAACCCCGGUUUUGAUGCCGAGCGCGUGCAUGCCGUCCCCUCGAUUCAGCACGCUGUGAACAUUGUUCGCCCGCUGGGCGAGAAGCGUGUCCUCGUUGCGGGAUCGCUGCACCUCGUUGGCGGCGUGAUGGAGGUCGCUGGCCUGCAGGACGCCCUCACUAUGGAAUAG